GAUAACAAGUUUUAACCAAUGAGAUUUCAGCAUUUUCGCGGGCAUCUGGAAUAUGCAAAUUAGAACACAACGCGCGUUCACUAAAAACUUUGACGUGUUUUUUUUUUGUACAAGAAAGAAACCAUGAAUAGUACGUGAGAACCUUUGCCAAGGUUUGUGGUAAAUGUAACUGACGAAGACAUCCAUGAUUUCGUCGAUAAACAGGAAAAUGUAAAUACAAAACGAAAAACAGCGUACGACAUCCUACUUUUUACCGAGUUUAUUCAAGCAGUGAGCCCCGAAAUACUCAGUUCAAGUUCAAUUCAUGAACUUUCAACCACAGUUCUGAAUGACCUAUUGUCAAAACGGAUCGAGACAACAAUGUACCGCCUACUCAGAUCAUGCAAAUCACGGGGCACCGUAAUGACCAACUCGGUGAACAAGACAAUCAUCAAGAGAACAUAUCAAACAUUUUGGCAUUUAGAGGUCCUACAUCUGCCCAAUGUUCAUGCACAACAACAACAACAACAAAACAAGCUGCUGCCGAGUCGACAGAGGAAUAUCGUGUCAGUCAUAAGGCCGAACAGCAAGCAGCCACUUCAGCUUUUGGUUCUCUAAUUUCUGGGACGAUUAGAGGAGGGGCAUUCAAUAUUACUUGUAAACUUGCAGCAGAAAAAACGAGAAAGCACUAUGGAAUGYAAAAAGUGGAAACGUAUACGCGUUGUAGWAAGCAGCGACGAAAGCCAAGAGUGACGGGAGCUACUAAUACUGACAUGCGCAAAGACCUUCUUCAAGUUUAGAGCCACACAUUUCUCGUAAUACUUGUGGGCUGAUUUGGUAUYGAGUCGAUCGAACUGGGAGAAUUCAGCAUGGAAUUGCCCAUGACAGAUAGUCAGCAAGACGGUUUUGCUCGYGUUUUUGUUUAAUCGCUGUUUGAUUAUUUAUCUUUUUUGCGCAAUACUCCAAUUUCGAGUUCUGGUUUGCUCUGUGUUAGCC